AUGGCCAAGUGCGGGAGCGGCUAUCAGAUGACAUUAUCGUGGAUACCUGCCGAGUGUGGCACAGUACCACCCAACGCUCUGGAUGCAGGGGGUAAGGUCUACGUGUGUCGGGCAGAACACGACGGAGAAAUUCUACCCGGAAAGUUGAUGGAGUCAACGCAUUCGGCGUACGUCAGUGCCAAUGGGAAGGAGUACGAAAAACUUGUAUACGACGCGCUGUGUCAAACCGGAGUGAGCUGUAAUCAUACAUUUGAAUGGAAGAAGGACGGUGAUGGAAAAAUACCGGAAAACUCUCUGGUGGCAGGCAUCACAGUGAACAAGGAACCCCUGUACGUCGCGCGGAUUUAUUUUGAUGGUGAAUAUAUUGUUGGAAAAGUGAUAGAUACAGCUAGUUCCUGGCUUCGAAAACUGCACGGAUGUCCACCAGUGCGUGUUGAUCCACUGCUAGUUCAAAAGGCACAGACUCUUGCGAAUCGAAUGGCACUGUCACAAACAAUAACCACAUUCGGUGAUCCUACAGUCGGUGAGAAUUUCUACCUGAAUAUUGGACGUCCGAGUGUGAGUGCCGAACGAAUAGUUAACGAGUGGUACAGUGAAAUCAGGUCACAUAUGUUUGGCGCCGAAAAGCAACCCAACUCUCACAACUUCUCUCAGCUCAUUUGGAAGUCUACAACGAGGGUUGGAUAUGGGAGAACCGCAAUUCACGGAGGCUGUACAGCCUUCGUCGUGGCACUGUUUCAAGCUCGGGGAAAUGUACCAGGUGACUACACAGAAAAUGUCCCUCCACGCCUAGAUGGCACCAUUCCCGUGGAUUUGGGGAGCGCUGGUUUGAUUAUCAUGUAAACUUGGUUUCGAAACUACACAAAGCAGAUCUUACUUUGGUACUUUUGAUUUGCAUUUGUAUUUUGUGAAUGAAUCCAGCUUCCCACAACUCCACCUGUGGAAACAUUUGAAUUCAAAAAUACACACGUGACGUUUGCCAGCG